CUGUACACUCUCAUUGGGUACAGUUUUCAGUCAAAAGCGCUGGAAAGCGAAAUAGAAGAUUUACAAGGAGAGUUUGAACUGGAUCGGCUCGACUACCUCGAGACUAUCCGGAAGCAAGAUCAGCAGUUGAAGCUGUUGACGCAGAUUCUGGAGAAAAUACAGCCCGUAAUAAAAAAGGAUUCAAACUACUACAAUCUCGAGAAGGUGAAAAAGGACGCCGUUUGGAAUGAAGACGAAGGUCGAUGGAUUUUGCCUGAAAUGAGCGUCUCCAGAACUGUACUGCCGACAGCGCACAACGCAUGUAAUAGCAGUGCACAAUUGCCAUCCUUCCUGCGUGAACGCAUACGACGAUGCUUAGUUGCAAGGCUGAGAGAAAACUCGCCAAAAGUGAAGAAGAGAAUAUUGCCAACAACUACUUUCAAACCAAUUCGGCAAAGUAACGUGCUGAAUAAAUACCGUGGCGAUAACGCAAGAAAUAUAGGUGUUAAAUCGUACUUCCCGAACAAAGCGUCCACAUUUGACAAUUUGCUCAGCGGUGUUUGUCUAUUCCGAUGA